UCUUGCUGCGCGCCCCGCUCCCAUUGUGCCUCGCGCUGUCAGAUUACCAGUCACUUUCAUUCUGAGCUGCUGAGGAGCUGUGAACAGGAAGAUGGCGGCCCGGACUAUGCAAGCAGCGCGAUGCCCGACAGAUGACCUGUCACUGACAAACUGUGCUGUCGUGAACGAGAAGGACUUCGAGUCGGGACAACACGUGAGUGUGAAAACCACCCCAGCUCACAAGUACAUAUUCACUGUGAAGACUCACCACUCUGUGCUUCCUGGAAGUAUCGCCUUCAGCCUGCCGCAGAGGAAAUGGGCUGGACUAUCCAUUGGACAAGAAGUGGAAGUGACCGUUUACACCUUUGACAAGACGAAGCAGUGUGUGGGCAGCAUGACCAUCGAAAUUGACUUCCUGCAGAAGAAAAGCAUUGACACAAGCCCCUACGACUCAGACAAGAUGGCUGGAGAGUACAUUCAGCAGUUCAAUAACCAGGCCUUCACUGUGGGACAGCAGCUUGUGUUCAGCUUCAAUGACAAGCUGUUUGGUCUCCUGGUGAAGGACAUCGAGGCAAUGGACCCAAGUAUCCUCAAGGGGGAGCCAGCUUCUGGCAAGAAGCACAAGAUUGAAAUUGGUCUGAUCCUUGGGAACAGUCAGGUGGUGUUUGAGAAAGCAGAGAGCUCUUCUCUAACCCUUGUUGGCAAAGCCAAAACCAAGCAAGGCCGGCAGUCCAUCAUCAACCCAGACUGGAACUUUGAACGCAUGGGCAUCGGGGGUCUGGACAAGGAGUUCUCCGACAUCUUCAGGAGAGCCUUCGCCUCUCGAGUCUUCCCACCCGAGAUUGUGGAACAGAUGGGCUGCAAGCAUGUGAAGGGUAUCCUCCUGUACGGCCCCCCUGGUUGUGGUAAGACCCUGAUGGCUCGACAGAUCGGGAAGAUGUUGAAUUCACGGGAGCCCAAGAUAGUGAAUGGACCGGAGAUCCUCAACAAAUACGUUGGAGAGUCUGAAGCCAACAUCCGCAAGCUGUUCGCCGAUGCUGAAGACGAGCAGAAAAGGUUGGGAGCGAACAGCGGCCUCCACAUCAUCAUCUUCGACGAGAUUGAUGCUAUCUGUAAGCAGAGAGGCAGCAUGGCUGGCAGCACUGGGGUCCAUGACACUGUCGUGAACCAGCUGCUGUCCAAGAUCGACGGCGUGGAGCAGCUCAACAACAUCCUGGUCAUUGGAAUGACCAACAGGCCUGACCUGAUUGACGAGGCCCUGCUGAGACCUGGAAGAUUGGAGGUGAAGAUGGAAAUCGGUUUGCCCGAUGAAAAGGGUCGAGUCCAGAUCCUCCACAUCCACACAGUCAAGAUGAGGGAGUUCAACCUGCUGGCCGCUGAUGUGGAUGUAGCAGAGCUUGCUGUUGAGACCAAGAACUACAGUGGAGCUGAGCUGGAGGGGCUGGUGAGAGCCGCCCAGUCCACCGCCAUGAACCGGCACAUCAAGGCCAGUACCAAGGUGGAAGUGGAUAUGGAGAAGGCAGAGAAGCUGCAGGUGAAGCGCAGUGAUUUCUUUGCAUCGCUGGACAACGACAUCAAACCUGCCUUUGGCACACACCAAGAGGACUAUGCCAGCUACAUCAGGAAUGGCAUCAUUAAGUGGGGCGACCCUGUCUCCCGAGUCCUGGAUGAUGGGGAGCUGCUGGUCCAGCAAACCAAAAACAGCGACCGCACACCACUGGUUAGCGUGUUGCUGGAAGGUCCUCCACACAGCGGCAAGACUGCCUUGGCAGCCAAGAUAGCAGAGCAGUCCCAGUUCCCCUUCAUUAAGAUCUGUUCACCUGACAUGACAAUUGGCUUCUCAGAGACUGCCAAGUGCCAGGCUAUGAAGAAGAUCUUUGACGAUGCAUACAAGUCCCAGCUGAGCUGUAUUGUGGUGGAUGAUAUUGAGCGGCUGUUAGACUAUGUUCCCAUCGGACCUCGCUUCUCUAAUCUGGUUCUACAAGCCCUGCUGGUGCUGUUGAAGAAGGCGCCCCCUCAUGGACGCAAGCUGCUGAUUAUCGGGACCACAAGCCGCAAGGACGUGCUGCAGGAGAUGGAGAUGCUGGACGCCUUCAGCACCACCAUCCACAUUCCCAACAUCUCCACUGGGGAGCAUCUCAUGGAGGCACUUGAGCUGCUGGGGAACUUCAGUGAUAAGGAGCGAGCGACCAUCGCUCAGCAUGUCAAGGGCAAGAGAGUCUGGAUCGGGAUGAAGAAGCUGCUGAUGCUCAUAGAGAUGUCCCUGCAGAUGGAUCCAGAGUACAGAGUGUCGAAGUUCCUGGCACUGCUCAAGGAGGAGGGAGCGGACCGCAGUGUGUAUGAGUAGAGCCCCUCACACCCUGACCUCUCUCUCGUGUUCCUCCUCCUCACAGGGACCGCAGUGUGUAUGAGUAGAGCCCCUCACACCCUGACCUCUCUCUCGUGUUCCUCCUCCUCACAGGGACCGCAGUGUGUAUGAGUAGAGCCCCUCACACCCUGACCCCUCUCUCGUGUUCCUCCUCCUCACAGGGACCGCAGUGUGUAUGAGUAGAGCCCCUCACACCCUGACCCCUCUCUCGUGUUCCUCCUCCUCACAGGGACCGCAGUGUGUAUGAGCAGAGCCCCUCACACCCUGACCUCUCUCUCGUGUUCCUCCUCCUCACAGGGACCGCAGUGUGUAUGAGCAGAGCCCCUCACACCCUGACCUCUCUCU